CAUCAAUAGUUUGUAUUGACCACGCCCAUUCCAAUAACUAGUUAAUUAAUUUUUCCGCCCACGUGUCUAGAAAGUAAUGGCAAAGUCCAAGUUUGAAUAUGUGAAAGGUUUCGAAAUGUCUGAUAGCUGUCUUCCCAACACUUGGUUGGUUCUUAGAUUAGACGGUAGAGGAUUUCACAGGUUUGCGAUGGCUCACAAUUUUGCAAAACCAAACGAUAUUUUGGCCCUCAAUUUGAUGAACAAGGCUGCGUCAGCAGUUAUGCAAGAAUUUCAAGAUAUUUUUAUUGCUUAUGGACAAAGCGAUGAAUUCAGUUUUAUUUUCAAGAGAUCGACUAAUUUAUUUGGCAGAAGAGCCAGUAAACUGCUAAGUACGGUGGUGUCUUUAUUCAGUGCCUCAUACGUCUUCUAUUGGUCUCAAUUUAUGAAGACUCCAUUGCUAUAUCCGCCAGCUUUUGAUUCCAGGAUAGUACUCUAUCCAUCAGCAAAGAAUUUGAGGGACUAUUUGAGCUGGAGACAGGCCGACUGUCACAUUAAUAAUUUAUAUAAUACCUGCUUCUGGUCUUUGGUUGAGUCUGGUUUGAAGAAUGAAGAAGCUCAGAAGAGAUUAAAUGGCACAGAGUCUUCUCAGAAGAAUGAAAUCCUUUUUAAUGAGUUUGGGAUCAAUUAUAACAACGAGCCGGAGCAGUUCAAGAAAGGCAGUGUCCUACUCUGGGAGAAUUAUCAUGAGAAGAUACAAUCACACGGGGGCUCUACUGAAGCUGUCUGGACGUAUGGCAAAAAUGAUGGCUCCAGUGUAGGAGACUCCGGUAAUGAUCCUGGGAAGGCUAAUACUGAAUCUGCUGUCGGUGACAGUGUUAUGGAAUCAACAAGAGAGGGAUUUACCUUUAGGAAAAGGAAAAGAGUUGUUGUUUCGCAUGUUGACAUUAUUGGAGAUUCAUUCUGGGACAAUAACAACCUGUUGGACUAGACUCUAGACUCUCUACCUAUUGUAUAUAAUAUCCCUGUCCUUUUUAGCAAUUGCAUCAUUGCAAACACUAAUGUAAAUUAGUUUAGUAUAAAA